GGUCCUUAUGCAAUAACAACAUGGCGGCCCUGUGCAGAGGCAAACACCGGUGGAGAAGGACUAACUGUUUGUAUGUCUCGACGAGAAACCUGACAGGGAAGUAUGACUAUGACCUGGUUGUUAUUGGUGGUGGUUCAGGAGGGCUUGCCUGCUCCAAAGAAGCCGCACAGUUGGGACAAAAAGUUGCUGUUUUAGAUUAUGUGGAGCCGACCGUAAAAGGUACAAAGUGGGGUCUUGGUGGUACGUGUGUUAACGUUGGCUGCAUUCCUAAGAAGCUCAUGCACCAGGCUGCUCUGCUUGGCGCCGCAGUCAAGGAUGCUAAGAAGUACGGCUGGCAGAUCACAGGGCCCGUCUGCCACGACUGGGCCACCAUGGCAGAGGCUGUUCACAACCACGUCAGGUCCCUGAAUUGGGGUCACAGAGUUCAGCUCCAGGACAAGAAGGUGAAGUAUCUGAACCUGAAAGGAAGUCUGGUGGAUAAACACACUGUUAAAGGAUUAUCCAAAGCAGGAAAAGAGACCAUCCUCACUGCCAAGAACGUCGUAAUCGCCUCAGGUGGACGGCCCAAGUGCCCUACAAAUGUCCCUGGAGCGAUGGAGCAUGGCAUUACCAGCGAUGACAUAUUCUGGCUGAAAAAGUCUCCCGGAAAAACACUUGUGGUUGGAGCCAGCUAUGUGGCUCUGGAGUGUGCAGGGUUCCUCACAGGCGUCGGCAUGGACACCACCGUGAUGGUUCGCAGCAUCGCCCUCCGGGGGUUUGAUCAGCAAAUUGCAGGUCUGGUGACAGACUACAUGAAGACCUACGGCACCAAGUUUGCAUGGAAGUGUGUCCCGAAGAGAGUGGACAAGCUCUCCUCCGGAGCCUUGCAGGUGACCUGGACUGACACCCAGACAGGCAACGAUCACAAGGACACGUUCGACUCAGUCUUAUGGGCAGUUGGUAGAGCCCCUGAAACCAAAGCCCUGGGCCUCGACAAGCUUGGCGUGCAACUCAACAAGGAGACGGGGAAAAUCGUUCUGGGUGCUGACGAAUCCACCUCGGUGCCAAACAUCUAUGCGUUUGGUGACAUUGGUGAGGGUCGCCCGGAAUUAACCCCGACAGCCAUAAAAGCAGGAAAGCUUCUCGCCCAAAGAUUGGCUGGUCAGACCACUGAGCUCAUGAACUACGACAGUGUGGCGACCACAGUAUUCACCCCUCUCGAGUACGGCUGUGUAGGUCUCUCUGAGGAGGAGGCUGAGAAGAGGCAUGGAAAAGACGGCAUAGAGGUCUACCAUGCUUUCUACAAGCCGCUGGAAUUCACUGUGGCCGAGCGUGAUGCCAGCCAGUGUUACAUAAAGGUGGUGUGCGAGCGAGCUGGAGAUCAGAAAAUCCUGGGUCUACACUUCACUGGUCCAAACGCUGGAGAAGUCACACAGGGCUUUGCGAUGGGCUUCCAGUGUGGGGCAACGUAUUCCCACCUGUUGCAGACGGUAGGCAUCCAUCCAACCUGCGCAGAGGAGGUGGUCAAGGUCAACAUCACCAAGCGCUCGGGCCUGGAUGCCACUGUCACCGGCUGCUGAGGUUAAGCGCCUCGGUCUCUGAACACAAGUGAGCACACAGGGUCCCUCUGUAAGGGUAAAGGGAAGGAGGCCUGGGUUUAUUGCACUCUUUCUCCUUGUCCCUCUCUCUCUCUCUCUCUCCAAAAUGGCCCCCCAAUUUCACCGCGCUCUCUCAGAUUUGAUGAUUGCACCUCCUGUGCAGUAGGGUUUCAUCUCAGGCUAUUCAUGGCUGCCAAGGUUAGGGUCUCUGAUACAUCAUCUGAUCACCAACACUAUGCUUAAUCCCACAUACAUACAUGUUGUGUGUAUGCUCUAAAAGUGCACAGUUACAGACCAGGUUAGCGAGAGCCGAGGGCCGCAGAGUGAGCUUCUUUUAAAUAAACAGGCUCAUCAAUCAGGAUUAAGGCCUGCGCGCAGGGUUGUGUUGAAACCAUCGGAGAAACGUAGACCUAACGUUUUUUCUCAAUAUAUAUUCUGCAAAUAUUGUUGUUCCUCCGCCUGUACUUCCUGUCCAUUAGUCUUGGAAGUGACACAUACCACACACCCCCCGCCCCCCCGUGACACUGAUGGAUGGCCCCAGAGCCGUCGCCGCAGCGACACCGCCCCAUUUCCCAUGGACACACACAAACAGUCGGCAGGCCGCCUGUCCGUCAGCUAGCGAGGACCUGGCCCGUGGAGCCCUGGCUUGUUUAGGGCCCAGCAGAGUCCAGCAGACCCCCAGGACUAUUUCUCUUCCUCCCAUGACCUCCUCCAACCCAAUUUAUGAUUUGGAAUGUAGAUGGACCACAAAUAUGUGCCGUCAAAAGCUACGUGGACGCCACAGCCAAGGCACAGAGCAACCCUAUCUAUUGAUUUCAUAUCUGCGAGAGCUCUGUUACUGCUGUACUACUCAGACACACCUAAAGGUGGCACUAUUGCCCUCCAAUUCUCCCUGUUUCUUCUGAGCCCAGACGGGAAGGCAGGAUAGAGUAGUCACUGGAUUAAAUAUAAGCCUGAAUACAUUCGGGUUGCACAUUUAAUCCCUUUAAUCCCUAUAAAAAAUGUGUGUUUUGGGUGCAGCUGGAAAGCAGACUGGCUUUAUUGGUGCCAAACUGAUUAGGGUUAUCUGUUGUGUAUUUACAUGGGUGACAGGUUAGGCCUCAAGAGUCAUCGCUAUCGAAGAUAAGGCGAGUUGUUUGUGUCAAUAAAGCAGUAAUAGACCCCACAGUUUGCCAAAGUGCCCAAAUGUUCAACCAGCUGCCUGUGCUGGACAUCGUGGCUCUAUUAAGUAGAGGUGGAGGAGGACUGUCAAUAAAGGUUUCUGCAACAGAAUCCGGGGCUGCUAAGAGUGGGUCGGUGGUUGUAAUUUAUUUUUAUUUGAAGUCUAAUCUGCCCAGUCUGAUUAAUGAUUUCGAUGAGGGGAGUGACAGCGUGCCAGGAGAUGGAGAAGGCAAAAAGAGAGAGAGAGAGAGAGAGAGAGAGAGCUGGCUACCAGGUUUAUUUGGACCGGGGCUACAGGAGAGAGAGAGCCGAGUUUCAGGCCUGGUUGGGGAGGGAAGGGGGAUUCCUGUGUGCUCUAUUCAGGGCCGAGGUGCUGACUGAAGGACCCUGACCUGCGCUCAGCGGGAACAGCUUGACUCUAUCACUCGGAGCACAGAGGUCUCACAUGCUGCAGUGCUGCGCAGCAGGGGCCAGGGGGGGGGGGUAGGAUGGCCAGGGGACAGACAGAACCAACCAGCCAACCAACACAACACCGAGCGGUACGAGGGUGUUUGCCCGGGGUAAUUGAGUCGAUGUUCCCGAGCUUAACGAGCCACUUCAGAGACCCCAGGGUGGGCCCAAGGCAACGUGAGGGAAGUCAUCGAGGCAGUUGGUGGAACUGUAAUGUCUGUUUUCUUUUUUACCCUCCACUUCCCUCCUGCUUUGUCUCAUCUGCUCUGUUAUUUUAUACACACCGCUCGCCCGCACGAUAAUGAAAUGGUACAAAUCUCUAACAUUUCUUGAUUUGUUUGUCCAUCAGUUCCUCCAGGCCCAGAGACUUAUACACCAGUUAACCUCACACGUGUAACCCCUAACCCCGCGGGGGGGGGGGGGGGGGGUCAGGGUUCAACUUUCAGGUCGGCCAGCUAAUGAUGGCCUGCGCUAAAACCCAAAACUGGGGAGUGCAGGCCUGAUGUCUACUGGCUGCCAACUUCAGUAGUUGUAAAUAGAGAUGUGUCAUUUUCCCAGUAAAGCUUUGUAAUACAUAAUUUAUAUGUAAAGUAAUAAGACAUUGGAAUGCACAGUCGCCAUUAAAGUAAUGACGCCCACUGA